AUGUCCUGUUGUGGCUCCGUCUGCUCUGACCAGGGCUGUGGCCAAGGCUGCUGCCAGACCACCUGCUGCCGCCCCACCUGCUGUGGCUCCUGCUGUGGCUCCAGUUGCUGCAGGCCUAUCUGCUGCAACUCUAGCUGCUGCCGCCCCUCCUGCUGUGGCUCCUGCUGCUGCCGCCCCACCUGCUGCAUCUCCAGCUGCUGCCGCCCCUCUUGCUGUGGCUCCUGCUGCUGCCGACCCUGCUGCUGCCCCUGCUGCUGCUUCCGCCCAGUCUGUGGCCAGGUCUCCUGCCACACCAACUGCUAUCGCCCCACCUGUGUCAUCUCCACCUGCCCCCGCCCCAUGUGCUGUGCCGUCUGUGACUGCUGA